GCUGGAAAAAGAACACAUAAGCGUAGCACAGAGACACAGCAAUAGAUAAACACACACACACACACACGAGAGACGCAUCCAUUGUUAUAAGACGCAGGCAAGAGAUAAUAGAAAACCCAGAAUCUUGACAACUCCAUUCUUUCGCCUUCAUUUAUUAUUAUACUGAAAUAGAGAUCUUAUUCCUAUCUCUUCAUCCUACAAUACAACCUAGUAACUCUCUCUUUCAAUAUCACCCCUGCCCCUUUUCAUCCAUUCUUAUUAACCCAUCAAGUUUUCAUUCCUCUUCCUCGCUAGAUUGGAAUUAGGGUUUUCUUUCUCUCCCUGGCUAUCUACCCAGCUUCUUUCCGUUACUGGAUUUUCUAGGUUUUCAUUGGAUCGUACUCGCGGGGUUUGCAUGAAAUGGGCAUGAGCUCUGUUCUCUUCAGACCUUCCAAUUGUGGGUUUCGAAACACCCUGCUUCAGCAUUUCUACCUGGAGAUUGCUUAUUCCUAAGUUUCACAUGAGCAUGGAAGAGGAUUGCCUAUAUUAAUUCCUUACUCACUUAUCAGAGCCUAUUCUACUCGCAGGCAGGGUCUUCCUUUUUUCACAGAGGAUCUGAUUGCUGCUCUUUCCAAGACGAACCCUAAUCCUAAGCAUAUACUUAUUGGGAUUCUGCUCAACCAUUUACCACCGUACUAGGAAUUUUGUUAGUCAGCUUCAGUGGUCCAUGUUUAUUUGAUUCCUUCAUUUUCUAUAAUAUUAGUUUCCGCCGAUUGCAUAUUUGGUCAAGGCAAGUAAAGUAAUCCUUGUUGGUCACCAUAAUUUGUGUUUAUAGUCAGCCAAUAAGAAGCUUAUGGAGGAAUAUUGAAGCUGGAAAUGAAUGCGGUGACAUGGUGCAUGGACAAGAGCAUAGUUGCUGGUUGGUUCGGGUUCCCUUUCUGGAACAGUGCUACUGGAAACUAAUUCAAAUAUUCUCCAUUUUACAAGGAACAUACACCGGACAUAUCUGGACUUUGUGCAAUGUCGCGCUGCUUUCCAUUUCCACCACCAGGAUAUACAAACAAGGGAUAUGAAAAGAAGGCUACAACAGAGGAUGUGGAAUUACUGACAAAGGAAAAGCACAGAGAAAAAAAGCAUAAAAAAGGGAAGAGGGACAAAGAGAAGAAGGAAAAGAGAGACAAAGAAGGAAGGGAUGGAAAGCGUAAGGAAAAGAAGGACAAAAAAGAAAAACAUAGAGAAAAAAAGAAAGACAAGGACAAGAACAGAGAUAAAGAAAAGAGCAAAACCGGUGCUGCAAUUGAGAAAGAAUUUCCAGGACAAGCUCAGGGUCCCAAUGCUGGUAAACUACAUCAAAAGGAAAUCAAACCAAUUGAUAAGAUUGUUUUACUUGAGGAUAAACUUACCAAACAGUUUGCCAGUAACAAUGGAGAGAAGGCUAGAGAGAAUAAUCAUUUUUUUGAGGAAAACAAGGAUUCUAAAUUCCUCCUGGAUUUGGAAAGGAGGAUUAGGGAUAAUGACGGAGGAGCUGAGAAUCAAUUGGCUCAAAAGUUUGCAACUGCAGGACACAGAAAGAAUGAGGGAGCUGUUAGAUUGGUUACUAAGGGUAGUGGCACCUGGCCUGAUGGUAAGGAAAGGCUUCAGGAUAAGGGCAUUGAUACUAGAAUGGUUGAUAGGAGAGAAAUCUGGGCUGAGUCCCGACCAGUUGGAAAUAUAACAGUUCAGAAUAAUGCUGGAAAAUUUCAUCACAGGGUUGAUGAAAUGCCCAAAUCUUUGGAAAAUAAUUUUUACAAACCUUUGGAAGCAGCAGUUGAAGGAAAAGAGAGGGUUAAGGAAAAAAAAGAUGAUAAACACAGAGAUAAAAAGAAAAAUAAAGAGAAGGGGAAAAAAGGACAUGGGAAGGACAAAGACAGGAGUAAAGAAAAGAAAAAGGAGGAGAAAGCAAAGGAGAAUGCUGAACAUGAAAACAGAGAGCAGCAGAAUAAAUUAAAAGAAAGCACCAAAGCUGGUCCAUUAGGCUCAAAUUCUUUCACACAGGUUUCCAGGCACAUCUAUGAGAAUUCUGCUGUUGGGGAAAAUCUCAAGAAACGGAAGGACAUUGAAUCAAAUGGAAUUAUGCAUGCAAAUGACAAUUGGCCCAGUAAGUUGCCAACGCCCUCCCCCUCUCCCUCCCAUCUCACUGAAAAUGGGAGGAUAUUGGAACCCUGCCAAAUUUCCCUUCAGAAUACAUCUGAUAAUAGGCUAGCAGCAGCCUCUAAUAUCAAGGUUGAUAACAAAAAACGCAGGACAAAUGGCAUCAUUGAAGUUCUACCAUCUGCAGUUUCCUCAAAAACUCCCACUCCCACUGCUACCUUGCCAGCUCCAGUCAGUGAAGCAUCUGCAAAACCACCUCAUCCAGAUACCAAGUACAUAAGUCAGGUAUAUUCCGUACCCAAAGCAGAUGAGUGGUCUGAUUUUGAUGACCAAGAGUGGUUGUUUGGCAGCAGUCAUUCGCAAGAAAGGAAACCUGUAGUGAAAUCUUCAGAGGUUGGGGAUACACUGCAGGUAUGGGCAGAAGCCGUGCAUAUAGAGCCAGCAGAUAUUUUUGCUCUGCCAUAUGUCAUUCCAUACUGACUGAUUGUUUAAGUGGCAAAUGUUACUUCAAAAAUAUCUGAUCUGCUCAAGGAACCCUCCGUUUGAGAGGAUUGACAGCAUCUGGAGCCAUGAAUUGAUUCUUAUUUUCUGAUGCAUUCUUUUGUUAAUUGCACGCUAGCAACAAAUUAUGCUUGCCUUGAUUUUGAAUUGGUUGGAGGGAAGCAUCUGUCAUAAGUGUUUACAUGUUUGGUGCAUUGCUGGAGGCUUGAUUGGAGCAGUAGUUCUCACUUCACGCGACGACAUAGUAAUUCAUUUACAGAUUAGACUUCAUAAAGAAAGGCAGCCGCAGGUUGUGGGGAAGAGACGUGCAAGCUCGUGCAACUUUUUUUUUUUCUUCCAAAAAUUAAUUUUUGCCUAGAUCUUUGCCUGGGCAGCUAGCUAGUUCUUUCUAAUUGAGAAUGAGAAUGUAAGAGAAACUAGACCACAAUUUUGUUUUGUCACAUAGAAAUCCUAUUUACUAGAAUAUGUAUGAUAGAGAGGGGGGAAAGGGUCUUGGUAGUCGGAUUCAUUUAUUCGGUUUCCAGUAAAUUUUCUUGGUUAUUUCAUCA